UUGGGUUAGUGUACAUCAUGUGCACUGCACAUGUGAACACUGCCUAACUUAAUUAGUUUAUCUUUGAUUGGGUUAGUAAGUAUUUGAAUUAUCGGAGACUGUGUAUCACGUGCAGAGUAGAGUACCACUGUCUAAAUUAAUUGAUGAUUAUGAUUAUGUUUCUGUUCUUAAUUAAGCAGUAAGCAUGCAUCUACUACAUAGUUUAUUCUAAAUCCAAACAUAGUUUCUCAAUUCCUAAAACCCAUCUCAUAGUUCAUCGCUUUUUAACUGAGUCAUGAAUUAAUCUCUUCGUAUUUCUGUUUUGUCUUUCAGAUAUUUAUUAUUUUCCCAUUCCAAUGGCAAAAAAGAGAAAAAAAAACCAAAAACCAAAACUAAAAAAAUAGUGAUGGAAAGUUAUCUCAUAUAUUUUCUGCAUUUUUUAAUUUGUACAUUAUGAUAUGAAUAUGAAGAGAUUGGGUUCAGCUUAGUUUUUAGAGAUUUUAAGUUUCUGCUUUUGAGCCAUUUUGAGUCUUGUUAGGUCGCAUCAUCUAAUAGCAUCGGUUGUUCCGUUGAUUCAUAUCAUAAUCCAGGUCAUUUAGUUUCUUCUUUUGAAGCCAAAUUGCAUCAGUCUUGUAGAUCGCAUCAUCAAUAGCAGAUUUUGACUCAGGUCCCAAAGAAGAGGAGAAGAAACGAAAAUCAAUGGAUAUUUUAAUUUCUGUUGUUGCAAAAAUAGCAGAAUAUACCGUUGUGCCUAUUGGACGUCAAGCAAGUUACUUGAUAUUCUACAAAGGCAACUUCAAGAAGUUAAAGGAUCAUGUUGAAGACCUUCAGGCUGCAAGAGAAAUAAUGCUCCAUUCGGUUGCAAGAGAAAGGGGAAAUGGUAGAGAAAUUGAAAAACAUGUUCUAAAUUGGUUGGAGAAAGUGAACGAGGUCAUUGAAAAUGCAAAUCGGCUUCAAAACGAUCCUCGUCGUCCCAAUGUUAGGUGCUCAGCAUGGUCAUUCCCCAACUUGAUUUUACGUCAUCAACUAAGUAGGAAAGCUACAAAAAUUACAAACGAUGUUGAUCAAGUUCAAAGAAAGGAGGUUUUUGAUCAAAUUGGCUACCUUCCCCCUCUUGAUGUAGUAGCCUCCUCCUCCUCAACAAGAGAUGGUGAAAAGUAUGACACAAGGGAGUUGCUUAAGGAGGACAUUGUGAAGGCUUUAGCAGAUCCUACUUCACGCAACAUUGGGGUCUAUGGGUUGGGUGGGGUGGGGAAGACCACUCUGGUGCGGAAAGUUGCUGAGACAGCCAAUGAACAUAAAUUGUUUGAUAAAGUGGUUAUCACAGAAGUAUCGAAAAAUCCAGACAUUAAAAAAAUUCAAGCGGAGAUUGCAGAUUUCUUGGGUCUGCGAUUUGAAGAGGAGAGUAUUCUCGGCAGAGCAGAACGCCUUAGACAAAGAAUCAAGAUGGAGAGAAGUGUCCUUAUCAUUCUAGAUAACAUAUGGACCAUACUUGAUUUGAAAGAAGUGGGGAUACCAGUUGGUAAUGAACAUAAUGGUUGCAAAUUGUUGAUGACAAGUAGAAAUCAAGAUGUGUUGCUGCAAAUGGAUGUCCCAAAGGAUUUCUCUUUCAAAGUUGAACUUAUGAGUGAAAAUGAGUCAUGGAGCUUGUUUCAAUUUAUGGCAGGGGAUGUGGUUAAAGAUAGCAAUUUGAAAGAUCUACCAUUUAAAGUGGCCAGAAAAUGUGCAGGUUUGCCUCUUAGGGUAGUGACAGUAGCGCGUGCAAUGAAAAAUAAGAGGGAUGUUCAGUCUUGGAAAGAUGCAUUAAGGAAAUUACAAAGUAAUGAUCAUACAGAGAUGGACCCGGGAACUUAUUCUGCUUUGGAAUUGAGUUACAACUCAUUGGAGAGUGAUGAUAUGAGGGAUCUCUUCUUGCUUUUUGCAUUAAUGCUAGGUGAUGAUAUAGAGUACUUUCUCAAAGUUGCAAAGGGGUUGGACAUAUUGAAGCAUGUUAAUGCCAUAGAUGAUGCAAGAAACAGACUUUACACAAUAAUCAAAUCUUUGGAGGCGGCUUGUCUUUUGCUUGAAGUUAAAACAGACGGAAAUAUCCAAAUGCAUGACUUUGUUCGUGAUUUUGCUAUCUCCAUAGCACGUAGGGACAAGCAUAUAUUUCUAAGAAAACAAUCUGAUGAGGAAUGGCCAACCAAUGAUUUUCUAAAAAGGUGCACGCAGAUCUUUCUAAAAAGAUGUCAUACACUCGAGCUUCCUCAAACGAUAGAUUGUCCAAACGUUAAGCUUUUCUAUUUGGGCUGUAACAUUUCUUCUUUCAAAAUCCCUGAUGCUUUUUUUGAGGGAAUGAGAAGCCUUAGAGUGCUAGACUUAACGCGCUUGAACUUGUUAUCAUUACCCACGUCGUUUCGGUUCCUAACAGAGCUUCAAACAUUGUGUUUGGAUUAUUGCAUUUUGGAAAAUAUGGAUGCAAUAGAAGCUUUGCAAAAUUUAGAAAUUCUUCGCCUUUGGAAAUCUUCAAUGAUCAAGUUGCCAAGAGAAAUAGGGAGAUUGAUUCGAUUGAGAAUGCUUGACUUGAGCCAUUCAGGAAUAGAGGUAGUCCCACCCAACAUCAUAUCAAGCUUGACUAAAUUGGAGGAGUUGUACAUGGGUAAUACCUCUAUUAAUUGGGAAGAUGUGAGUUCAACGUUUCAUAAUGAAAAUGCUAGUCUUGCCGAGCUUCAAAAACUACCCAAAUUGACAGCUCUAGAAUUACAAAUUCGUGAGACUUGGAUGUUGCCAAGGGACUUGCAAUUGGUGUUUGAGAAGCUGGAAAGAUAUAAAAUAGCUAUUGGAGAUGUAUGGGACUGGUCUGACAUCAAGGAUGGAACCUUAAACACAUUGAUGCUCAAACUUGGUACAAACAUACAUUUGGAGCAUGGAAUUAAAGCAUUGAUUAAAGGUGUUGAGAAUUUGUAUUUGGAUGAUGUAGAUGGAAUUCAAAAUGUGCUUCCUCACCUAAAUAGAGAAGGAUUUACAUUGCUGAAACAUCUCCAUGUCCAAAAUAAUACUAACUUGAAUCACAUUGUUGACAAUAAAGAGAGAAAUCAAAUCCAUGCGUCCUUUCCCAUCUUGGAAACACUAGUGCUUCUUAAUCUUAGAAACUUGGAGCAUAUAUGUCAUGGUCAACCUUCAGUUGCUUCUUUUGGAAGUCUCAGUGUUAUCAAAGUAAAAAAUUGCGUCCAGUUAAAGUAUCUUUUCUCCUUUACAAUGGUUAAAGGACUUUCUCACCUUUCUAAGAUUGAAGUUUGUGAGUGCAAUUCUAUGAAGGAGAUAGUGUUCAGAGACAACGAUUCAAGUGCUAAUAAUGAUAUCACUGAUGAAAAAAUCGAGUUUCUUCAAUUGCGUUCUUUGACUUUAGAACAUUUGAAGACACUUGAUAAUUUUGCCUCUGAUUAUUUGACACAUCAUAGAAGUAAGGAAAAGUAUCACGAUGUAGAGCCAUAUGCUUCUACUACACCAUUUUUCAAUGCUCAGGUUUCAUUUCCUAAUUUGGAUACCCUUAAAUUAAGCUCACUUCUCAAUUUGAACAAAGUCUGGGAUGAGAAUCAUCAAUCAAUGUGCAACUUGACUAGCUUGAUUGUGGAUAAUUGUGUUGGAUUGAAGUAUUUAUUCUCCUCUACUUUGGUUGAAAGUUUUAUGAACCUCAAACAUCUUGAAAUAAGUAAUUGUCCUAUCAUGGAGGAUAUAAUCACUAAAGAAGAUAGAAAUAAUGCAGUAAAAGAGGUUCAUUUUUUGAAAUUAGAGAAAAUGAUAUUGAAGGAUAUGGACAGCUUGAAGACAAUAUGGCAUCGGCAAUUUGAAACAUCGAAGAUGUUGGAAGUGAACAAUUGUAAGAAAAUUGUGGUGGUUUUUCCUUCUUCAAUGCAAAACACAUAUAAUGAGCUUGAGAAGUUGGAGGUUAGAAAUUGUGCUUUAGUUGAAGAGAUAUUUGAAUUGAAUUUGAAUGAAAAUAACAGUGAAGAGGUUAUGACACAAUUGAAAGAGGUUACUCUAGAUGAACUGAUGAAGUUGAAAAAUAAUGGAGUGGAGAUCCUCAAGGAAUUCUUAGUUUUCAAAAUCUAAUAAAUGUACAAUUGAAACAUUGUGCAAGCUUGGAGUAU